UACAUGUAAUGAUAAACUCACAAACACCCCUAUUCUCCUUAACCUCUCCUCCUCCUUUAUCUUGUUAUUCACCAUACCUCCUAAGGGCAUUAUUGUCCUAUCACUUUCCCUUGUGCCCUAAUUUCGACUUCGCCAAAAGGAUUCAAGCAGAGCAGAAACUGUAAACAAAAAAUAACUCGAAAGCAAGCAAGUAAGCCGAGGUUUCUUAUUUUCUUUCUUAUAUUUCUCUGUUUUAGGGUUUAGGGUGUCAUCAUUGGAAUUCGGAGCGCUUGGCAAUGGGAGUGCCAGCGUUUUACAAAUGGUUAGCGGAGAAGUAUCCGCUUAUCUUGGUUGACGUUAUCGAGGAAGUACCGGAGAUGGUCGACGGCGUCACUAUUGCGGUGGAUACGAGUAAACCUAACCCUAAUAGAAUCGAGUUUGAUAAUCUUUAUCUCGACAUGAACGGGAUCAUUCAUCCUUGUUUCCACCCCGAGGACAGAUCUUCGCCAAGAACUUUUGAUGAAGUAUUUCGGAGAAUUUUUGAGUAUAUUGACAGGUUGUUUAUUAUGGUCCGUCCUCGAAAGCUUUUGUUUAUGGCUAUUGAUGGCGUUGCCCCUCGGGCUAAAAUGAAUCAACAGCGAUCUAGGCGUUUUAGAGCAGCAAAAGAUGCUGCAGAGGCGGCAGCUGAAGAAGCACGACUUCGAGAGGAAUUUGAGAGGGAGGGCAAAAGGCUUCCUCCUAAAGAUGAAACGCAGCUUUCUGAUUCAAAUGUUAUUACACCUGGCACUUCAUUUAUGGCUGUUCUGUCAAUUGCUUUGCAGUACUAUAUCCACCUUAGAUUAAAUUAUGACCCUGGAUGGAAAAAUAUAAAGGUAAUUCUAUCUGAUGCAAAUGUUCCCGGUGAAGGGGAACAUAAAAUUAUGUCGUAUAUACGGCUCCAAAAGAACCUUCCUGGUUUUGAUCCAAAUACACGCCAUUGCCUGUAUGGUUUGGAUGCUGAUUUAAUUAUGUUAGCCUUGGCCACUCAUGAAGUUCACUUUUCAAUCCUCCGGGAGAUUAUCUUCACCCCUGGAGAAGAUAAAUGUUUCCUGUGUGGUCAGAUGGGCCAUAUAGCUGCAAAAUGUGAUGGAACGGCAAAGCGGAAGUCUGGAGAAUUUGAUGAGAAAGGUGAUCGAAAAAAUGUUGCCAGAAAGCCAUACCAGUUUCUGAACAUAUGGACACUCAGGGAAUAUCUAGAACAUGAGAUGAGAAUCAGCAAUUCUCCUUUUGAAAUUGAUUUAGAACGUAUUGUGGAUGAUUUUAUAUUCAUGUGCUUCUUUGUUGGCAAUGAUUUCUUACCUCAUAUGCCUACACUGGAGAUUCGUGAGGGAGCGAUUGACUUGUUAAUGACCAUAUACAAGAAGGAAUUUAGAGGAAUGGGUGGUUAUUUGACAGAUGGAAGCAAGCCAAAAUUGAGCCGGGUAGAGCAUUUUAUACAGGCUGUGGGAUCCUAUGAAGAACAAAUAUUCCGGAAAAGAGCACUACUGCAUCAGCGUCAAGCAGAAAGAAUCAAGCGUGGAAAAGCACAAGCUGGAGGAGGAGAUGAUGCUGAGCCUCAAGUUCAACCUGAUUCUAUUGUUCCAGUUACUAGAUUUAAUGGUUCCCGUCUUGCCUCUGGCUCUUCACCUGCACCAUUUCAGCAAACAAUGGAGUCAAAUGGUGAUGAAUCCUCCGGUCGACCGCACAAAGUGCGGCGUUUAAAUUCAGGGGUCACUAUCGAUGCUGCUAUUGUCGAAGCAGAGGAUGGUAUUGAAUCAGAUAUGCUCGAGAACAAAGAAGAAUUGGAAGCAAAACUUAAGGAGUUGAUCCACAACAAAAGUGAUGUUUUUAACUCCAAAGAUAGCAAGGAAGACAAGAUUAAACUGGGAGAGCCAGGGUGGAAGGAAAGAUAUUAUCAAGAAAAGUUUUUGGCUGAAACUCCUGAAGAAAUGGAAACAACACGAAAAGAUGUUGUUUUGAAGUUCACAGAAGGUCUAUGCUGGGUCAUGCAUUAUUACUAUGAAGGGGUUUGUUCUUGGAGAUGGUUUUAUCCUUAUCAUUAUGCACCCUUUGCUUCUGAUUUAAAGGACCUUGGUGAGCUAAAUAUUCAGUUUGAGCUGGGUUCCCCUUUCAAACCAUUUAAUCAGUUAUUGGGGGUUUUUCCUGCUGCGAGUUCCCAUGCACUUCCCGAACAGUAUAGGAAAUUGAUGACUGAUCCAAAUUCACCCAUUAUUGACUUUUAUCCAACUGAUUUUGAAGUUGACAUGGAUGGAAAGCGGUUUUCUUGGCAGGGUAUUGCAAAAUUGCCUUUUAUUGAUGAACAGCGCCUUCUCACAGAGGUUGCGAAAAUAGAACACACUUUGACGGAGGAAGAAGCUCGACGAAACAGUACAAUGUGUGACAUGCUUUUUGUGGCGGCAUCACAUCGUCUCUCAGAACAAAUCUUUUCUCUUGACAAUCGUUGUAAACGAUUGACAGAAAGGCAACAGGUUGAAGUUGAGGAAGUCAAACCAGAUUUGAGUGAUGGGAUGAAUGGUUACAUAUUCCCUUGUGCUGGAGACACUCAUCCUCCUAUAUUCAGGUCUCCCAUCAAGGACAUGGAAGAUAUAUUGGCCAAUGAAGUCAUAUGUUGCAUAUAUAGAACCCCGAAAGCUCAUAAACAUAUCCCUCGUCCUUCAGCUGGGGUUAUAUUCCCUCCUAAGAUGAUCCAACUCAGUGAUUUAAAACCCAAACCUCUGUUAUGGCACGAAGAUUCUGGGAGGAGACCUUUUCAGAAUGGAAGGUUUGCUGCAGCUCGGCAUCUGGUGGAAGGGUCAAUGCUCAAAAGUCCGGUGGAAAGGUAUAACCCUCCUGGAUCCAUUUCUGGCCGUAAGCUUGGGGAGGCAUCUCACAGACUUAUUGCUAAUAGCUUGAAGAAGUUGAAAGUGGAUCGCACUGGGUUUAGUAAUAAUGUGCAGGCUCCACCACCAUCAAUUGCCACUGCUCCCCAUAUUCCUCCAUUCAAUUCCCAUGUAAAUAAUGGGUCUCUGAACCAGGGACAGGCUGUGGUGGCUCCUUCUGAACAAGAUUAUUCUCGUGCAGGAUCUCAGAAACAGCCUAGAAGGGCUCCUCCAGAACAUGAUUCUCGUGCAGGUUACCCUUUAUCUCAGAAUCUUCCAUUCGAUUUUCCCAAUGCCCAGAGUUACUAUCCCUAUCCUAUAUGUGUUCCUGGAAGUUAUUUGCAUUACCCUCCAAAUCAUCAGAAUGGUGGAGUGAGGCUCAUAACCAGUCCUAUGGAACAAAUUUCAGCCGUGCCUGAACCUCAACCUCAUCUAAGUGGUAAAAAGCGGAGGUAUAAUACAAGGUACCAGGCAAAUUUAAGGUACCAGGCAAAUUUAAGUGGCAGUUAUCCGCAGUGUGGUGGCAUAAUGGCUCCACAAGGCAACCUAAAUGGUUCCGCAGUUAUCCCUCUUCUUCAUCAGCCUUAUCCUCAACCUCAUCCUCAUCUUCUUCAUGAGCAAAGAGAGACGCAGCCACACGGGGCUAACCAACAUCAAAGGGGUAAUCAACAACAGGGAGGGAACCCGUUUUCUGUAUUAGAUAGAUAGGGAGUAACCCAGCAACACCAGCUUGAGUUGAGUGGAACCACCGGAAGAGCACUUAUUUGAUACUGAUUUUGAAUUUGUUGUACAAUGAUUGGUGGUUGCAGCGGCCUUAGGGUUUUUUUAUCUAGGAGGAAGGCCUAAAGGUGAUUUCUAUUCCUUUAUGCUUUCAAGCAAUUUUCAGAUUAGAUUUAUUUUUAUUUUUUUGCCUGGGAUUUUCUCGAAAAGUAAUUGUGAAAAGCAAAUGAAAUCUGAAGACGUCUAUCCAUAACCGUACACAACAGUACAAGGGUUUUUUUGUUUGUUUUCCGGGGAUGGUAGAAGAUAAAGGAAUUGCUCCUAUUUAUGCCAACUUUUUUUUCUUUUUUUUUAUCCCAAGAGAUGUUUAUUUUGGUUGGGAGAUAAAAUUUUUUGAUUUUGGUAAUUGUGAUGUUGGGCUGCUGGGUUUAUUGGAACUUGUCCCAAUGUUACAGAGAUGUUCAAGUCUUUGAAAAUGAUAAAAUAAAAAUAACUCAGCUAUUAUGAGGGUUUUCAUUAA